GAGCCGGAUCACCAUGGCAACUGGACAGAAGUUGAUGAGAGCUGUUAGAGUUUUUGAGUUUGGUGGACCAGAAGUGCUGAAACUCCAGUCGGAUGUUGCAGUACCAAUUCCAAAAAACCAUCAGGUUCUAAUCAAAGUCCACGCAUGUGGAGUAAACCCAGUGGAGACAUAUAUUCGCUCUGGUACUUACAGUAGGAAACCACUCUUACCCUAUACUCCUGGCUCAGAUGUGGCUGGGGUAGUAGAAGCUGUUGGAGAUAAUGUAUCUGCUUUCAAGAAAGGUGACAGAGUUUUCACUAACAAUACGAUCUCUGGGGGCUAUGCAGAGUAUGCUCUUGCAGCAGAUCACACUGUUUAUAUGUUGCCUGAAAAACUGGACUUUAAACAAGGAGCUGCCAUCGGGAUCCCGUAUUUUACUGCUUAUCGAGCUCUGCUCCACAGUGCCCGUGUGAAAGCUGGAGAAAGUGUUCUGGUUCACGGAGCUAGUGGAGGAGUUGGAAUAGCAGCAUGCCAAAUUGCUAGAGCUUAUGGCUUAAAGGUUUUGGGCACGGCUAGUACUGAGGAGGGACAAAAGAUUGUUUUGCAAAAUGGAGCCCAUGAAGUGUUUAACCACCGAGAAGUUAAUUAUAUUGAUAAAAUUAAGAAAUCUGUUGGUGAAAAAGGAGUUGAUGUGAUUAUUGAAAUGUUAGCUAAUGUAAAUCUUAGUAAUGAUUUGAAACUUCUGUCAUAUGGAGGACGAGUAAUAAUUGUUGGCAGCAGAGGUCCUAUUGAAAUAAACCCACGGGACACCAUGGCAAACGAGACUAGUAUAAUUGGAGUUGCUCUCUGGUCAUCAACUAAAGAGGAAUUUCAGCAAUUCGCAGCAGGCCUUCAAGCAGGAAUGGAAAUUGGUUGGCUGAAACCUGUAAUAGGUUCUCAGUAUCCAUUGGAGAAGGUGGCCCAGGCUCAUGAAAAUAUCAUUCAUGGCAGUGGAGCUGCUGGAAAAAUGAUUCUUCUCUUAUGAUUAUUAAUUCUUUCAUGGAUUUCCUAUGUGGUUAGAAGUUUUCCUUCUCCCAGUUUUACUUACACUAUCUUUAAUUAAAAUUCAUUUGAUUCAGUGAGUUUCUUAUAUUAAAAAACAAGACUUCUUUGAAUAGCAGAGACAGUGGAGUAAAAUUUAUUUUAUAGCUGGCAAUAUUUUUCAUGCGUUCUAUCUUGAAGCAAGGAGUCAUCAUAGUGGGAAAUAGUAUCUUGGUGGUCAUUUCGCAUUGGGGUACAUUCCAGAAAUUCUUAACUGAUACUUCAUUAAUUUCAUACUUUUGACUAAAACAUGUUAACUCAAAAUAACACUGCUCAAUUUCCAAGGAUUUCCAAGUAUACUUAUCUUUAUAAAGGUUCUUUAGUCUCUGAUUAGCCCAUAAGUAUAUUGAACUUUGAAGAUUUUCUGGAUUAAAAAUAAUGUUCCAAACUAAUUUCAUCUGCAUCUAUAAGUCUCUUGGAAGAGCAAGAAUAAACAAUUCCCAUAGAAAUUUGUUAGUUUUUUCAGUAUUUCCCCAAAUAUUAGAAUGUUCACUACAUUAUUGGUUGAUUGCCAGUGACCCCCCCCCGCCCCCGCACCCACCCUGUAGGUUCUGUGAAAACAGCAGCCUUAUUUUUAGUAUAGUAUGAUACUAAGUACAUAGUCUCCAAGUAGGUGCUUCUUGAUUGGUUAGAUUUUCAGAGUAGAUUUAAAGUUAUUUGUGUGAUGAGGGUCAUAUAUUUUUAAAUUGAUAAGCUCACAAUUUGACACACUGAGUGGUUUUUAUUUUCAUAACAUGGUAACUUGCAAUAAAUUCUAUAGACAAUUAAAA